AUGGUCCGCUCCGUCCUCUCCCUCGCCCUCGCGGCCCUCACCCUCUUCCCCUCCCCAGCGACCGCCCAGGACGGUGUCAAAGACGGGCCCAACGUCCUCGACGAGUGCGUCGCCUGCCCGUAUCUGUACAAGACCUUCUACACGUGCGCCCGCAGCGUCUCCGGACCGACGCGCACCAACGUCGGCGACUGCGUGUGCCCGCCCCCCGCCGGCGCCGGCUCCGACAACGGCUGGUACCCCUACAUCGAAGCGUGCGCCACGUGCCUGCCGCGAGAGGAGUCGGGCGACUUCUGGACCAACGUGGCCACCGUGUUCUGGCAGACGACGAAUGAGUGCCGCGGGCCCCGCAACGUCACCACCGAUGCGGACGGUGUGCUGUGCAUAGGGACUGCCAAGAUGGACGCUUGCCUGGCGCUGCGGGACGCGUCCGAGGGCCCGUCGUGGGCGUCCUACCGGCUGUUCGACUACGAGAAGAACAACAGCAACAAGACGAAGGUGCUGAAUCUGGCGGCCUUCAAGCCCAACACGACGUCGAGCGAGGCGGCGGCGGCGUCGACCACCGCUGCGCCCGGAACCGCCACGGGACUAGAGAGUGCGUCGGCGAGCACUACGGACCAGGCGGGUACUGCUACUGGGCCGGCGAGCGCCGCGACGACGACGACCGACUCGUCUUUGGCGGCGGCGCGGUUGGGCCAGGGAUCGCCGGCGGGUUUCACUGCGCCGAUUACAUUGUGA